AUGGAAUUGUUUGCUUAUGUAACUUGGCGGCUUUGGAUGUUGAGAAAUGACCAUCUUCAUGGUAAAAUUAAUUAUCAAACUCCAGGCUACAUUAUCUCUAAAGCUUGUUCUCUUUUGGGUGAGUUUAAGGAGGCUAACAAAAUCAAGGGGCUGCAUAAAGUGAAUAGAGAGUGUAAUUGGGAACCUCCAUGUGAAGGUGUGUACAAACUAAAUACUGAUGGUGCAGUGAAUCUUAAAAACGGAAGAAGAGGGCAUGGUGCUGUGAUCCGAAACGAGAAAGGAGAGCUUAUGAGAGCUUCUGCUCAACAAGUUGUAGGUACUUUCUCUCCAUUGGUAACUGAACUUAUGGCACUAAAAGCGGGUCUAUGCUUUGCUAUUGAUUUGAGAACCCUUCCUGUGGUAGUUGCAUUGGACUGCACAGAGGCGGUGCGUCUUAUCAAUGUCUCCGAUACUUGUAUCGCUGGGGAGGGUUUCUUAGUUGAAGAAGAGAAGUCCUUGCAAAAAUGUUGUAGUGCAAGUUGUGUCACCUUCAAACCCCGGGAAUGCAACAAGGUUUCUCAUGGUUUAGCUAAAUUCAUUUUGUAUGAAAAUGAGAAUAUGUUCUGUAUUGAGCAUGGGCCAGAAUGGCUUAUGGAAUUGGUGAAAAUAGAUUCUGAUAUUUGUAACAUUUCCUCCGAUUAA